AUGAGGACCAAGGGGCUCAGAGUUGCCUUAUGCAGAACUACCAACAGCUCUUCUGGUUAUAUUCAUCCUAAUCGCCGUAUCGAGUUUUCUAGCAAAUGGAUUUGUGUGCCUGGUUUACGCGCUUUCAAAAGAAAUCCGGGAACAGCUAAACAUUAUUUUAUGUUUAACUUGGGCAUCGCAGAUAUCCUCAUAGCUGUCCUGGGAAUUCCAUUCUUUCUGACACAGUACGUUAACCAGAAAUCCAAAAGGUUAUGUCAAAUUGGAUCGAUGGUGGACGUGCUUGCUUGCACAAGUUCUAUAAUCAGCUUCACUGUGAUAAGCGCUGAGCGUUUCGUUGCCGUGAACUAUCCGUUGCGUUAUCCCACGAUAAUUUCGCGAAAACGUUGUCUCUUCGUACUAUCUCUGGUGUGGAUUUACUCCAUAGCGUUCUCGCUUGCGUCUUGGAUUCCCGUUGGCGAAUUCCACAUGAAUCACUGUGUGUUUUUCACAGACAUCUAUAUAAUAUUCACAACCUUUGCUAGCUUCGUUCUGCCCUUGUUUACAAUGCUCGUAACAUACGGAUAUAUUUACAAAGUCGCCAAGUAUCAAUCCGAUCAAAUCAACAGUAGCUUACCUCGCGGAACAAAUCGCGUCAAACGCGAAUUCAAAGCAGCCAAAACUCUAACCUUGAUUAUCGGGGCAUUCGUCGUGUGCUGGCUGCCAUUUUUCGUUUAUAUUUGGGUUUACAGCGUGUAUAAUGCCGGAGUUCCUUCAAACAUAUUGAAUUAUGUUAUACAUGUUGUGAGAUACCUCAACGGCCUGGCAAAUCCCUUUAUUUAUGUACGUAUUAACAGGGAGUUUCGACGUAGCGCUCUGAAAUUACUAAAACGUGCCCUGCCUCGUAGAGAAAGGUAUUCUAACGAUACCACAAACGAUUUAACACAAUCGACGGACUUUGUUUUGCGAAAAGUUUCAGCGGUGUCCACCGGGGGAACUGCAAGUGCAGCAGCUUACUGCAAUGGAACUGGUCAAGGUUGAAACUUAAAAAACGCGCGAGUUUCAGAAAUCGUAUUAAGGUUUAGUAUAGUUCGCGGGAUGUAUAUUUUUGUCCGAAAAUUACGGAGGACAACUUCCUAAGGGAAACGGAACUAUAAAUUACAAGCUUCCCAUACUUGAAACGAACAGAAAUCUAUUUGUCAAGCCAGGAUUAUCUCUGAAAAUCGCGCCAAAUUUCUGACAUAUUACGUCAUGAAUAUAUACUGUCGUAAGUGUAGGCCCUCAUUGAUAACCAGUUUUAACUUCGCUCUAGCAUGCAAUGUCUGAUAUAAACCAGCUUUUGGAUCAAUAUGGCCGUUGCGUGUGGCUAAAUUAGGAAUUUUGCAUGAAAUAAUACAUUUCUCAAGCAAAAUUAGGGAAACUUAAAAAAAUAUUUGAGUUUCAAACGGAAUAUUUGCAGAUUUGUGGACAUAUAAUGUCACAUUUCAUGCAUAAAAGCUUCGAAACGUUUCUGAAAUAACUCACAAUUCUUUACGUAAUGCAAUAUGACACAACUGUUUGCAAAUGAAGCGUUUACAUACUAAACUAGUUAAUGAAAAAUAUUAGAAAAUAAUUGUAUUUUUGAAGCAGCUGUCGCGUGGUUUGGAUUUUAAGUUGCCUAAAAGAUUCAAAAUGUGGCCUCUUUUAGGGCAUGUUAUGGAUUCUUUCCUUUCACGUUCUUGCAUUAGAAGAAAAAAGAAUUUUAUUUCAUGUUUUAUGCAUCCCACAAGACACAUAUUUGCUUUGCGUAGCUUGUCAAUAUUUCUCUGUCUUUUGCACGAAAGGUUUUUCUCAAAAAGGUUGAAGAUAUUUUGAAUGUACAUUUUAUUUAAUAGCAAGAUUUGAGCAUGUUUUGCCAAAAUAAAACCGACCUAAGACCUAUAAGACACGUCAAUAGCUUCGAGAAACAAAAUGAUAUUAUCAAAU